UAUGUUGAAGGUAGUUCGACUACACUCGUAUUCUUAUUUCAUUCUGCACGACUGAAUUCCUCGGACAGCUGCAUCCAUAGCAGCUUUGGUAAGGAGGAACGAAUAUGACAAACAACGUCAUGACCAUUUCCCCCUAGCUUUUUGACUAUUGUCUUACUUUCGACUCGGAGGUCAGUAUGUUUUGAUGGCUAUGUGCAAAAUUGACUUUAUACCAGGUUCGUUGGACGUGGGGGAGAAAAUGGGGGAUCGUGAGGAUAGCCUUUGUGAUCUCUCGCUAUUUACCGAUUACAACUUUUGUUAUGUACCUAUAUUAUCUCCUCGAGUCACCUCGCGGAGAAAUUCCAAAUCCCGGGAUGUACAUUGCUAUAAAUGGCACCCUGAGCAUCUUUGAUGCUGCUGCUGCUGACGUUUUGCUCGUGGCUAGGGCACAAGCGUUCUGUCAAUGGGGAGUCAGGACCUUAAUCGCCAUAACAUUGCUCAGUACCGCCAUGGUAGCCGUUGCGCUAACAAUUAUAUACGUCGUGACGAGUAAACCUGCAGAUGCGGGUGUGUUUGAGGGGGAACAAUACGUGAGUAUCGUUUAUGGAUUGUGCAUGGUCUAUCAGCUUUUAUUGAUGUCCUUUAUACUGCACAAACGCUUCAAAUUUUACCAACAGGAUGCUACACCGUUUGUUGCUAAUGUAUAUCGGGAUGGUGUGAUUUAUGUGCUAUGCAUUGCUCUGGCCUCGAUGGUGAAUUGCAUCGGCAUUGCUGUGCUUCCCCAACCAUACACUUUUCUUUUCUAUAGCCCGCAGGCAGUUGUGUAUAGCGUGAUUUCUUCACGCAUACUGUUCAAUCUACGAGAAACAAGCAAAUCGCAGGAUGACGUUGCAAUCAGCUUGGGGAUGGUUUUUGCUCAACCAGUCGGAAUCCCAUCUACAGUGGAUCAUCUAGAGCUGGAGGUUGUUGAUACUGCAUACUCGUCAGGUUUGAUUAUGGUUGUAGCUCCCCCUUGUUAGAUAUAGCGUACUGCGUACCAUUGUUCGUGUAUAGUAUCUAUCCCGUUACGCUCACUU